GCGGUUUCCGAUCAGAUCAGCAUGCUGCUAAUCCUAAGUGUAGUGUCAGUGCUGCCGUUUUAUGGUGUCUUAGCUGAAAAUUUAUAUUACCCAGAAGAUCGAAGCGACCUUCAACAGUACCAAGACACCAGCAGAUGUUACCCUGAUGUUGGAGAGUGGUACCAGAUGUACAGGAACUAUUACUCCGAUCCAAUUUUCGGAGGAACUGCGAAGUGCGUCAAAUAUACAAUGUAUGGCAGAUAUGAGAACUUCAGUUCUCCAGCCAUAUAUACUUUCGCUGGCAGUGGAAGAAUAACCGGUCACCUUAACCUGGAUUCUUCAGACUGCUACGUAGCCAAGGAUACGUUCGGGUUCGUUCCAGAUGACCCAAACCUGACGCCACGAGAGGCCUCUGUCAUCUAUACCGACUGUGUGACAUGCUCCGUGUUGAGACACCGUUAUGCUGGAGAUGGCUAUGGAUGCACUUACUGGAGACGGACAGACGCGAUGCAAAACAGCGACGACUGCUGCAAGUUUAUUUACGAUGAAAAUUGUGGCACUUCUCCGAAAUACGUUAUCCGCGAUUCAUCCUGCUGAACGUAGAGCGAAAGUUUAAGCUGCAGAUUUGACAAGAUUAACCAUGUUGUGCUAAUGCUUAUGGCCGUUAGUGGUGAUUUUGUAACCAUCGACGUGCAAACCAUCCCUUGAGAGUCUCUACUGCUGGCAAAUUAGCGGCCGAAAAUGAACUGGCACUAACUAUACGAGCGCAAAGAUGUCUGAGUUCUUGUAAGUGCGUAUUAAAAAUUAAUAAUCAUGGGAGAAUGCUCCUUAGGUGGUGAUGUUAAUUUCAGUUUUUUAUCUUUGUUAAAAAUCCAACCAGACUGCAUUGUAGGUAGAAUCGUGCAACCAUGAACACACUUUCUAGAAGCAUUGCACUUCCGAGCAUGUGUUUCUAUCAAAUGCGUUUUUCUACAAGAGCCCAUGCUAAUACCUAUAGUGCUCAUAAAACUUGGCCUCUUGUCAUUCCCUUCAACAUUUAGUGCUAUACGUUUCUUGAGGAAAACUAUCCAAAAAGCCUACGCAGAAUAUUAGCCUAAACGCAUCUGUGUGAUUAGUACUCUGAUACUACAUGUGUCAUUGAAUGUCUCUUAUUGAUUUUGUUUCCUAAGUCUCACUAAACGUUUCCUCCUGAAAGCGCACAUCCGUUGAUCUCAUAGAAGAGCGUGUCGCAUGAGUGUCUUUCUCUCUUGUAUAGGUGACAGAAGUUAGGUAGGGCCCCACGUAUCUUUAUUCAUUGUGAAAAUUGAAGAGGCGCGAUCUACUGCACACAGAUUAUAGAUUUUUGGUCGGGAGCACGGAGGUCGGGAGGUAUAAGGUUGUGUUAGUGUCUUCCUGCCUGUUCAUAUAUGCCACGCUUAUUGUUUUUCUACAAACUUUCAGCUGCUAGACAGCGCCUGUCUCGUGCUCUUUCUUGUUUUUUUGUCAGCUUCUUGCACAAAGUGUCAUGAGUACCUGCAAUUUUUUAAACAUACACUUAUAGGCCUCUAACUACAAGAUAACACUAUUUUUUACACGCAAUUUGUACAUAGCAUGCAGCGAAAGAUUUUGAGACUUCCAGCUGCAUUAGUGUUUUUUGUAUGACUUUGUAAAUCUUCCAAUUUUGAAGUUUACGAAAAGUUGUUCUUUCCACUGGAGACAUGCGAUUUUUUUUUGACAAUCUGAUAUUUUCUAUCACUAAACUAAGACUCCUUUGCGACCCUGGGGACUUCGAUAAAUAUAUCUUUUUAAGCGAAAAUAAAGUUCACUCAUGGAAAUGAACCGACGACAUUAUGUGAACACACCCAACAGAACUUUAAGUGGUGAUUGAAGAGGAACCUGAAAAACCAGAUCAUUAGCUUAGAGGGGAAGGGGCGAUCAAUUCCCUUCCUCUGAACAUUUUUCAUUCGACGUGUGCACAUGUAUCAGCCUACAGUCAUGAACAAACGUACGAAAAUAAGUGAGACAUAGGUAAAUAUUCCACCCACAGAAAAGAUUCUUAGUUUCUUUAUAUAUGUUGCAACACUAGGCGUACAAUAACAAAUGAGGAUUUCGGAC